ACGUCACUAGUGCGCGUGCCCACGGUCGAGAGCGCGAGGCGCCAGCCGGGGUCUACGGUCUUCGUUUUAUUUCGCUCGAGCUAGCUGGUUAAACUUUGUGUUGUUUAUUCAAGACGGGACACGACAGGACACAUUUCCGUCAGAUACACAGACACCAGGGUCACGAAUGAACCUUGGCGCCAUGAAGAAGCGAAGAGAAAGUCGCCGUUAGCCGUUAGCUAUGUUGUUAGCUGUGUGUUCCUGUAUCUGAGGGAAGCACCACCUUCAUCAUCGUCAUCAGGAUUCGGUUCCGCUCACCGAGUCGGUUUAAUAAUGGCGACUGUUCUGUUCACGCGGUUUGUCUGCCUUUGUAGAUACUUGCAGGAUCCUUGCCAUGUCGCCAGGUUUCAGCAGCUUUGCGGUGUCAGAGGGACGUUUUCCCGCAGAUCAGCCGCGACAGAGAAGGACAGAGACCGGGACAUCUGUCCUAACGGUCCGGGGGUGAAUCGGUGUGCCGGUGAAUCGGACACUGACAGCAAGAAGUGUAUGAACCAACACGAAAACGAGGACGUUUCUUUGCUCAGCCCUGGUACUGAAACAUUAAAGUCCAGAGGAAGAGUAAAGCCUCUACGUAAGAACUCUCUGACUGAUGAUGUUGGCCAGGAGUUCAUCAUAGAGAACAAGUUCCUCUUCUACCUCUUCACUAUGGGCACUGAACUGGGCAAUGAGAUGUUCUUCAUUGUGUUCUUCCCGUUCCUGAUGUGGAACGUAGACGCGUGUGUGAGCAGGCAGGUCAUCGUCGUGUGGGUCUGGGUGCUGUUCUUCGGACAGACCACCAAAGACCUGGUGAGGUGGACACGACCCGCGUCGCCGCCCGUAGUCAAAGUGGAGGUCUUCUACAACUUCGAGUACAGCAUGCCAUCCGUGCAUGCCAUGACUGGAACCUCUGUCCCUUUCUGCCUCUUCAUGCUCACUUACAGCCGCUGGGAGUACCCGUUCCUGUUUGGACUGACUGUGGCCAUAUGCUGGAGUUUCUUGGUCUGCAUAAGCAGAAUCUACAUGGGAAUGCAUUCUGUCUUGGAGGUGAUCACAGGCUUCCUGUACAGCUUGCUGAUCCUGGCUGGCUUUCUCCCAUUCCUGGAAGACAUCGACACGUUCUACUUAUCGAGCAACAUGUCUCCUGGAGUCGUUCUAUUGCUGCACGUGGGCUUGUCCGUGCUCGCCUUUGCUCUGGAUUCAUGGAGUACGUCCCGGGGUGACACCGCCCAGGCUCUGGCUACCGGUGCAGGGGGUGCACUGGCAAGCCACCUCAACCAGCAGCUAAGCCUAUUGCAUGACCCGCCUGCCUCCUCGCUACCGCUCAAGAUGCCUGCUAUCACCGGUGCAGUGCUAGGACAGACUCUUCUGCGCUUGCUGAUUGGUGUAGCAGUUCUGCUAGCUGUGCGUGCAAUCAUGAAGGCCAUCGCCAUCCCAGUAGCCUGCCAGUUAUUUGGUGUACCCUCUAAUGAUGUACGCAAGGCGCGGCAGAACCCUGGUGUAGAGCUUACUUACCGUUUCCUGGUUUAUGGUACAGUGGCCUUUUGUUGUGUCUUCCUUGUGCCACUUCUCUUCCUCUGUCUGAACCUGUCAUGAAGAAACUAUCAGGCCUUUGCCUUAAACAGUAAUGUGGCAUUAUGUUUUAUGUUGAAUUAGUUUUCUGGAAAACAUUUUCGAGAGCAUUAACAUUAUCUGUAAUAGCAUUAGACAAAGAAACCACUAAACUCUUAUCAAGUAAAUAUGUUGUUUUUUUUUUUUAAUAAUUUUUUUAAUCUUUGUCUGAUUUUGUUGCUACUUAUUAAUAUUUUAUUUCAAUUUUUUAAUGUAUUAAUCUUAAAUCUUUUGAAAUCUCUUUCUUGAAAUUUCUUUAAUAAACCAAAGUGUCAUUAAUUGUGCCAGAACACAGAGGACAAAUAUUAGACCAGGCAACCUUUUUGCACAGCUCUGUAGGAAGAAUGAUACUGUUAAGAAAAAAUUAUUUUCUGAAUCAACGGUUUACUCCAUAACUGUUCUGACUGAGUGUUUAUCCCUUAUAGCUAUAUAAGAUUAUACAAUCCCUUAUAGGUUUUGUACAGACUAUAGCACAUUUGUUCAUCGAAGUGGAGCUAAAAAUUGUACAGAUCGUUUAUUGGUCAAAUGAAUGACCGUGUAACAUUGUGUAACGUGCACUGGCUAGGACAUAUGUUUGUCCCCGAGCACUAUUUGGUUGUGAAAUGCGUACAUUGUGCAGAGCAACAGAUUUGCCACAGUCAGUAAUCGUGUAUCUUCACAGCGCGUCUGUAAGGGUGUGGUGGAGCAACGACCUCAUUGUGCUUAUUGCACUGGCAGUGUCUCAGAGGUGAACAAAAGCAUAUGCUGUAGGGAGAAACAUCACAAUAUUUACUAGUGUUUCUGGUUUGCAUUGUGAGGAUCCUGUUUGUUUUAUAUCCACCCGUCUCCUCUACAGUGUUCCUACCUACACCCAUCCUGCACCAUUGUGUUCUGCAGUACACUGGCUCCUUUCCCAGCAAAUCAAGCCUGAGCACACUUACAAGCCCUGCCUAGCCAUGUUAAACUUGUAUAUACAAACCCACUCCUGAGGGUUUUUCCUUUUUAGGCCUUUCAUUGUCCUCUAGUACAUCCUGAAGCAUGAGUUUUCACUUCAGAGCAACACAGUGCAAAGUUGGAGUCUGUGUUUGAAGACUGCUGUUUUCAGACUAGUUAUGUUUGCUCAUACUUGAUAGUGCCUAAUGUCUUAAUUUGACAUCCUCUUGUUUUUCCUCCAUUACUUGUUUGCUUUGCAUGAAUAGUAUGUGUUUGUGAGAACAAGGGGAGGAUGACUUCCUGUUCUUUCAGUCUGUGUGCACAAAUUCAUACAUGUUUAAUCUAAAUCUCUGGUCUCUGGGACUGUGACGUUUAGUCUCAUGGACUUACGGGCAGUCUCAUUGAACGUCACGUUAACAAGCCUCAGCUUGAGUCGAUAUUCUAAAAUGUAUGUGACAGAGUGUGUGUGUGUGUCUUUAUACAAAUUACAGGCUUGUUUCUGUGUUAAACUAUUUUGUGUAGUAAAUGUUUUGAAUCAUGUAGGGUGUAAUUUAGUUUAAACUUGAAAAGCCGGUGGAAGGAGAAAUUAUAAUGAUAUAUAAUUCCAGUUCAGCAAACCCUUGCUUCCUGUAGCGUAACACUCAAUUGCCCAAAUGAAUAUUAAAUGCACAUUCUGUUAAAAAUAAACAAAUGUGUUCAUAGACUUGAAAAGAUAGUGAUUCAUGAUAUUUGACUCGAGUAAAGAUUUGAUACGUUCACGUAUCUGGAACAAGCGAUCAAUAAGCCGAGAACUUUUGAGAAUUGAACAGUGCAUUUCUCAGUUACUCAGACAUUCAGUCUGAGUGUCUACAAAUCUGGAAGUGACUGGAGAUUCAGAUUUUCGAAGCCUUGUUAUGUCUCAUACUUGAAUGAAAUACUGAAAGUGACUUGAUGUACUGUUUUUAUAUUACAUGUAGUGCAUAAUGAUUUUAAUUACGUUGCUUAGAUGACACGGCUCCAUGCCAUGAUAUAUGUAUAUAUGUGUGUAUUUUCUUAUCUGUCUGAAUAAUAGAGAAAGGAUUUGGAGGUUCGGAUAGAUGCACGGUAUACCUGCAAAGUGUUCAGUAUUUGUUAUAAAAUAUUUAUAUUUUGCAUUAUGUCAUGGAAAGCUCUUCUCACGGUCUGUUUAUAUGUGAUUGAAAUGUUAAGAGAUUGUAUUAAGACAGAUUCAUGUGUCUGGUAUUCAGCAUAUCCUACACCACAGAUCUUAUGCUCCUAAAAUAACAACAGUUCACUUAUUCUGCUUUGUUUGUAGUCCAACACUUAUGAAGAGACUACAGUACACCUUGUACUUGUGCUAUACAGACCAGUGUUUGACAGUUAAGAGGAAACAUUAUAAUGCCUGUGAUUGCACUGCUGUUAAUUAGGGCAAUGUACCCAAUACCACCACCACCCCCCCACACACACACAAAUAAACCUGAAAAUGUGUAGUUUGCAUAACUAGCUGUCAUUAGACACUCAUUGUGUAUUAGAUUAUGUCACUGGUAUGGAAACAUAAACCAGGCUGCAAUAAAUAUAGUAGUUGAACAUCUA